GAAGUCGGGAAGAGUGGACAUUCGGCGGUUUACUUUAUUAGUCCUUCGUGCACGCAUUUAGCCUCAGAUAUCAAUUCUUCCGGAUAAAAACACAUGUAUAAAAGUUUGUUAUUACUUUACAAGAGAGAAAUUUAGCGAUAUUUUUUGGGAUUGAUGAGAUAAUAUGCCGGAACCGUUGUUGACAGAGGUCAUGGAGUUGGAGCUGGGAGCCCAGGAGCCAUGGCCCCAGCCCAUAAAACUGUACCAGCCCUACGAAGUCGAGCAAAUUCUCCUCCCAGACAAUGCCAACUGUCUGGCAGUCCAGGCAUUCCUCCACAUGUUGAACCUAGAGUACCAAAUAGAGCCCAGAAAAAACGCUGAGUACAUGUCCCCCUCGGGUCGAGUGCCUUUCAUCCAGUGUGGAGCGUUUGUUGUCUCUGACUUUGAUAAUAUAGUAUCAUUCGUGGGGAACAAAGGGGCCAGGCUCUCCCAGGACUUGGAUGACACUGAAAAAACAGACAUGAGGGCUUACAUAUCACUCGUUAAUAAUGGUCUUGCUAAUGCUGAGCAGUACAUAUGCUGGGUGGACCCAGCAACUCUCGAGGAUGUCACUAAACCUAGGCAUGGCUCGGUGUAUCCCUGGCCUUUAAAUCAUAUUCUCAACUGGCAAAAACAGAGACAAAUUACGAAAAAAUUAAAGGUCCUGGGCUUAUACAAUAAAAGUCUUGAGGAAAUUUAUCAGGAUGUGAAAAUGUGCUGUACUGCAUUAUCUGAGAGACUCGAUGGGAAGCCCUAUUUUUAUGGAAACAAAGGACCUAAAGAACUUGAUGCUCUAGUAUUUGGUCAUCUCUUUACAAUUUUAACAACACCACUCCCAGCAAAGAGGCUGGCUGAGAUUGUCAAGGAGUUUCCAGAUCUGGUUGAUCUUUGUAAAAGAAUCGAGAAGAGCUUUUUUUCCUUACGUACUAUUGAGAACGAGGCUACUAACAGGACAAAUCGAGAGCGAGUGCGUAGUGAGGACUGCUUGGACAGUUUGAUUGACAAUCAUUGUGCUAGAGUUAAUAGAAAACAAAAAUCGGGAUUUUUUUACUUUCCUGUUCUGUGAUUGAUAAUUUUCAAUCGUUCAUUAUUUAUUUAUUUAUUUAUUUUUACAAAAUUUUUUUGUGCAUGCAUCAUGCAUUUGAAAUUAUAAUUGGAUUGUCAAGUGGUAAAUUCAUGAGUAAAUUGGGAAUUUUCGUUAAUUUCUUACUAAUCGCAGGGAUGAAUGAGUUUAGAGGAAAAAAAUCUAGAAAUAAUGUCGUACAUUUUCCUCUAGAAUGACUCGUCAUCGAGAUUAUUCGAUAUUUAACUCAAGGGUUGGUAAAAAAUGUCAGUUUUGCUGCAUUUUAUCAGUUCAUUACACCAAAUUAUCAAUCCAAUUACAAAGUGUAAUUGCAAGUUGAAGAGUGAAUUUUGUCAUCGAAUGAAUGACGUGUGAACGUAAAAAAAAUCAGAAAUUUGGAAGGGUCAAUUGGAUCACGAAUAGAACUAAAAAAAACUGCCCUUUGUAUUUUUUUUUACAUUUCAUAUAUGUAUUUAUUAUGAUAGAUUUCUAGGUACAUACUGUGUAAUGAAUAUCGACUCAACUAAUAAUUAUUCAGUGAAAAAUUAAAGUUUGUGCGAUAAAACCAAUUAAAAAAACUAAUUGUAAGACUGAUACAAUAAUAUUUGUAAAAACAUCAACAUGUUCUGCCUUUGAUAUUCUCCAUGGGAUUUUAAAUUGAAAGUAAUCACAUUUCUUUUGAAAUACUCAACUGUACGAGUAAUGUAACAAUUCAUUCAUACCUUACGUUUAACAAUAGUGAUUAAAUCAUCAUCUUGAGA